AUGCAACCUCCUCGAGGCGUGCUGACGACCAGUCCGGCAGCGCUCAGCCGGCGCACAACAACCGGCCCUUCCUCCUCAAGUGACGCCGCACCCCUUUCCAUCAGCAUCGGACCCACCGACUCGCCACGGCUGCUCUCCCACACCAUCCCUGAGCAGUUUGCCGAGAUCGUCGCCCGCUACCCCGACCAGCCCGCCGUCAUCGCCCGUGCACCCCUCGUCGCUGCGGGCGUCACGGACAUUGCACCGGCCCGCGAGACCGUGUACACCUUCUCGGAGCUCGACCGCGUCUCGGACCAUCUGGCCCACGGGCUGGCCUCGUCUGCCAAGGUCAAAAAGGGCGAUCGAGUUGCCGUCAGCCUCGGCAAUGGGCCCGAGUUCGCCGCCCUCACGUAUGCGCUGUUCAAGCUGGGCGCCGUGCUGGUGCCGCUGAACCCGGCCUUUACGGCCAAGCAGGUCGCGUCGGCGUUGUGCCACUUGGGCGUGGAGGUGCUGAUCAUGGGCGCCGUGACCGACCUGCCGUACAAGCCAGGCCGCGGACGGAGCAACCUGGGCUUGCUGUCCGCGCUCGUCGGCGGCGAAGAUGCCCUGGCCGCGCAACGGGCGGGCGCCAUCCAGUCGCCCGAGGUGCCCACGCUGCGGACGGUCGUCGUCGUCGACAACACGGCCGACCAUCCGGCCGUGGCCGGUGCAGGCGAUUUUGCAAGGCCCGAGGAGCGGCUGGCGGCUCUGACGCCCUUCGCGGCCAUCACGGACGGCGUGGACAUUCUGCGGGCCGACCAGGUCGCGGCGCUGCAGAAGAAGCCGGUCGUGCCCGACGCGCGCCUCCAGGCAUCCGACACGAUCAACAUCCAGUUCACGUCCGGGACGACGUCCCAGCCCAAGGCGGCCCAGCUGUCGCACACCGCCAUCCUCAACAACGGCUAUUUCAUUGGGCAGCGCAUGGAGCUGACCGCCGACGACCGGAUUGUGUGUCCGCCGCCGCUGUUCCACUGCUUCGGCAGCGUGCUCGGCUACAUGGCCACGGCCACGUCGGGCGCCGCCAUCCUCUUCCCCUCCCCCGCCUUUGACCCCGCCGCGUCCCUGCAGAUGGCGGCCGACCACCGCGCCACCGGCCUCUACGGCGUGGCCACCAUGUUCGUGGCCAUGCUGGAGCUGCUCGAGCUCGAGCACGAGCACGAGCACGAGCACGAGCACGAGCACGGCCACGGCGCACCCGACGCAGCCGCCCGCAAGCCCGUGCUGUCGCGCGCGCGCGCCGCCGCGCUGCCCACGCACCUCCGCACGGGCAUUGCCGCCGGCUCGUCCGUGCCCGAGGCGCUCAUGCGGCGCCUCUUUGCCACGCUGGGGCUCAACGACCUCGUCAUUUGCUACGGCAUGACCGAGACCGCGCCCGUCAGCUGCAUGACGACGCGGCACGAUCCCUUGGCGAUGCGCACCAGCACCGUCGGCCGCGUCAUGCCGCACACGACUGUCAAGAUUGUCGACCCAGAGGACUGGACGCGCAUCGUGCCCCGCGGCCAGCCGGGCGAGCUCGCCACCAGCGGCUACCUGGUCAUGGCCGGCUACUACGGCGACGCCGAAAAGACCAGCGAGGUUCUGACCGUGGACCCCGUGACGGGCGAGCGCUGGAUGCACUCGGGCGACGAGGCGUGCAUGGACGCGGAUGGCUACGUCUCCGUGACGGGCCGCAUCAAGGACCUCAUCAUCCGCGGCGGCGAAAACAUCCACCCCCUCGAGAUUGAAAACUGCCUGUUCCAGCACCCGCUCGUGGCCGAGGUGUCCGUCGUCGGUGUCCCCGACCCGCGCCACGGGGAGUCGGUGGGCGCCUUUGUCGUGCCGCACGGUGCUGUGCGCGUGGCUGGUGGAUACAUUGUCGAGAGCGAGCCGUCUGUCAUCCAGCGCGCCGAUGCCGACGACUCGGAUCCAAGCGAGACGCUGUCGCCCGACUUGAUCCGCGCCUGGGUGCGUGACCGCCUCUCCCCGCAUCUGUCACCGAAGCACGUCUUCUGGACCACCAGCUUCCCAAAGACGGCGAGCGGCAAAAUCCAAAAGUUCAAGCUGCGUGACGUGGCCAAGGAACUGCUGGCGGCCGGGGCGGACGGCAGUGACAAAACGUAG